AUGUUCAAGAAGUUUUCCAAGGAAGACAUCCAUUCCAAGUCCAACAUCAAGUCGCUGGCGGUGCGGGGGCUCAAGCUGAACCUCGUGGACCAGUUCCCCGGGUUGGAGCCGGUGAUUGACGAGGUCAUCCCCAAAAAGGCCACCAUUGUCCAGGUGAAGUGCGAGGACAAGAUCUCGGUGUACCUCAUGGACGGCGAGGUGGUGGCGUUCGGCAAGUUCGACGAGCUCUACCCGUCGCUCCGCUUGGUCCACAAGUGGGCCGAUUGCUUCCCCAGCGUCAAGGUCGACAGAGGCGCCAUCAAGUUCGUGUUGUCGGGGGCUAACAUCAUGUGUCCCGGUUUGACUUCGCCGGGGGCGGCGUUGCCCGAGGAAAACCUCGAGGAAGGUACCGUGGUCGUCGUCAACGCCGAGGGCAAGACGAACGCGUUGGCGUUGGGCAAGUUGUUGAUGAGCACCAACGACAUCAAGGAAAAGAACAAGGGCAUUGGCAUUGAAUUGUUGACGUUUUUGGGUGAUGGGGUGUGGAACUUCCAGGAAUAG